AUGUCUAUGCGCCAUGUUAAACAAACUUCAUUUCCCCAUCCAGCUACAAUUAACCUGUCGUUCAAGCUUCUGCUAGAGCUCUCGGGAGUAGCCCGCAUGCUUCUUUGUUAUCCAACUUCUACGCAGGUCCUUUAUGCAGACCAGGAGAGACCGCGAUCGUCUCUGAUACCAAAACGACUUCCUGGUUUGGGUACCUGGAAAUUAUGGGAUAUGUCUUUUCCUCCAUUCCUGGUCUUGUCAUUAAUGGCUUUCGGUUCCCAGAUUCUUCCCAAGCCCACUGUUCAAUACGGGUUGUUUGAUUGUCAUUAUGUGACGGAAACGACCUGCUGGAUUACUCCCCUUCAUCUAUCAAGAGCCAGGCUAGAUCUUUACAGAGUCAGUAGUACUCUGUACAACCCCGCUGUAGAUCUCUUUGUGGCGCCUACGGGCGCUGCGAUUCCAUGGUUCAGAAAUGAUAGUAAAUGGUUCCAGAACGCGUGCAAACCGGAGGUUCCGUACGUUGGAUUUCCAUAUCAACGGGGUCAACUUGGCAGGAAAGGGGAAAAUCCAACCAACAUUGUCAUCAGCUACUAUGUGCAUAACAUAUAUACUGCCAUGUCUAUAUUACUUGUAUAA